ACCACAGCACCAAUGACCACAACACCAAACACCAACACCACAGCACCAAUGACUACAGUACCAAACACCCACACAACAGCACCAAACACCAACACAACAGCACCAAUAAUCACAACACCAAUGACCAACACCACAGCACCAAUGACCACAGCACUAAACACCAACACCAUAGCUCCAAUGACCAAAGCACCAAACAACAUUACCACAGCACCAAUGGCUACAGCACCAAACACCAAUACCUCAGCACCAAACACCAAAUCCGCAGCACCAAACACCAACACCACAGCAUCAAAAAAUACAGCAUUCAGCACCACAGCACAAGAACUGUCGGAAACAGAACCAAUGGAGAAAAUGAGGGAGAGAGAACCAGCGCCCUCUGUCUCUCAAGAAGUUAAUAAGCUGGUUCCAUAUAUCCUGGUGGCUGUGUUGGCGGCGGUGGUGGUGGUGGUGGGGGAGCAGGCUUCCAGGAAGGCAGUAAGGAUCAUGAGGCAACAAGUGGAGACAGAGAGAUCAGCGGCGACGCCUGAGGAGGAGGAGGUGUCGCUGACGGCCUUUGAGAAGCGAGCCAGCAGCACCACUCUCUGCCUGCAGCUGAGUGCCUCGCCUCAACAUCCCUACAAGAAGUACCAUGAGCACGAUGCAUUGUUGCCUUAGUUGUUCGUUGUGAGGGACUCAGGCCGGCAUUCUCAAACGUUUUGUUGUCUCCCGUCACAACUCAUCUCAAAGCCACGGAGACGGUGAGCCGAGUUGUCAGGGUGUUUCUCUUACUACUGAUACAGAAACCUCGAUAACUUGUCCCUUCAGGCAUCAACGAACAGCCUUUUGAAUGUAGCGGGGCUGUGAUGCAGGAGUGUCUCGGUACAUGCUACUUAUUUAUACCAAUGCUGAUGGUGCUCAACUACCACCUAAGUGCCUUGUUGUUGUUGUUGUUGUUGUUGUUGUUGUUGUUGUUGUUGUUGCUACUGCUGCUGCUGC